GAGGAGGCACCAGCUCCAGGAACUUGUCAGAUUUUUCCGCCUGUGUGUCCUGUUUGAGAACCACACAUUACUGAGAACGUAGCAGAGGAGUAGCCAAGGUGAUGGCAGCUGAGGCAAAGAUGAUUGAGCUACCCUUCAUCUGCGAUGAACAGCUCACCCGGCGCAUGAGGCUACGAUUCCAGAGCCUGCAACAAAAAAACAUGAGGCCCCAGGAUGGUGAGAAGCUGCUGCGUCCCAAUGAACACAUCUACCGAGUGGAUUUCAUCCGGCAGCACAAACUGUGCUUCCUCCGCUGGGACAUCCAGCUGGAGAGACCUGGAAAGGUCACAGUGACCGGCACCUCCCAACACUGGACUCCUGAUCUCACCCACCUUAUGAACCGGCAGCUGCUGGAGCCAGUAGGAAUCUUCUGGAAGAAGCCAGGGGCCAAGGAGGUAGAGUGCAAUGAGGCAGAUGCCCAGGAAUUUGGAGAACGAAUAGCAGAAUUAGCCCAGAUCCGCAAAGUGAUGUAUUUCCUCCUCGCUUUCACCGAUAAUCUCGAACCAGCUCAGCUGAAGGGCUCCAUUGUUUUUAAAGCCUGAUACUCUCUUGCUCAGCCUCACUCCAGCUGUGCUUCGGUCUUAAUUUUUCUUCUCUCAGCUCAAUUCUUGCUUCAGUUUUCA